UGCUGCUAAUCAAAAAGGGGUACCAGACGUUUCACUCCCAAGUCAGUUCGCCCCCAGUCAGUUCGUCCCCAAAUAGGAUGUCAGUUCGCCCCCACGUGCAUAACCAGUUCGCCCCCACAAAAGGGUUAGUCGAAGAUGCAUAAUCAGCAUCUAGGUUAUGCCGCUGAUUAACCAUUGUUUUAAAAUCAAAUAAGGUGGAGGUUUACUUUGUUUUAUUUGUGAUAGUUUGUAGAUACUCAUAACUCUUUUUACUCAAAAUUAUUUCUUUAUUCUUAAAACAGAUCCUAUCUCUGGCAGGAAUGGAUCGAUGUUUGAAUAAAUGUUGAUGAUGUGGUUUAUAUGUGUAAAAGUGCUCUUUUUAAUUUUAUGAAACACUAUAUAUAUAUAGGGUUGAACAAAAUCAUGAUUUUUUAUUUAAAUCGGAUUUUAAAAAUUUAAAUCAGAUUUAUUUGAUUUUUUUGUUUUUACUUUAAUUUGGAGCUUCUGAAUUGAAUACUUGCUCCCUAUUAAACACACGAUUUGGAAGCUUCACUGCAUUCUAGAAAUGAGGCAACAAAAUGCAUUUUGGGGAUUAUUGAGUUAAUGUUUAAGUACUUGGUGUUUAGCCAGGAUGGCUAUAUACGGUGAUUUGACACGUGAAGUCAGUGACUUCAAUUUGCAAUGUUUUCAAUAUAUAGGAAUUAUAAACUAAAUUAAAUUCUAGAGACGGUACCGUAGCUUUAAAUUAUAUGUCCGAAAUGUCACGAUUUGUUGCGAAAAUAUCCGAUGAUUUCCGAAUGACAUGUGACGCACAUCCGUCGAUAACACGGAAGUGACAGAAUCACUUUUGUAAAUAAACUGUGCGACUUUUUCUUUUGUUUGUGUUUUAGUAAUGUAUGGUGGAAAAUGUGACUUUAUUAACCCAAGAAAUAUUCCACGAUAGUCAACUGUGAUUGCUUUAAGGAAUAUGUAAAUACGCUGUGUUCUUCAUGAUUUACUUGUAAAGUUUUGUAAACAAAUAAAAAGAAGAGCUUCACUGCCUCAGGCUUCAGCUUCGAAGUCCAAUCGCCAAAAAAAGAGAAGAACUUGAGAAGCAAAACGAAGAUGUCUGACAUCAGUCACAGAGACGAUUUUCCAGACUUUGAGACAGCAGCGAGGAUAACGAUUGGAACAAUAAUCGCCAUUGUUUUUGCCAUUGUGGCUCUGCUGGUGAUCAGUAUUAUCGUCAUUUGCUGCUGUGUAUGUAGGAGACGAGCUACAUCAAGUGGAACUGUGUACAGACCGGCCGUCCCCGUCUCUGCAGUAACCACGUCAACAACGUACCAAAUGCCAGCGCCGUAUUACCAACCUCAACCCUCUAACUACCCACCUCAAGGAUACAUGGUACCUGCUGGACAAGCUCCACCUCCGUACCCCGGACCUCCCAUACAACAGACGUAUCCUCCCGUAUCGGGAGGUGGUUACCCGCAGUACGAUUACAAAGCUCAAGCCAGCUGUCCGCCUCCAGACACGGACGUUUUACAAAAAGCAUCUGCACCUCCACCCGAGCCGUAUUGAGACCCGUGGCUAUGUGUGUCGACUUAACUCACUUGUGAUAUUCUGCUGUGGCUCACCUUGCUUUCUUUCUUAUCAGUUAGUCACCCACAUAACUGUGAAACAAGAAUUUCGAUCCAUGCUCGAUGGCUUUAUUAGUCUGGGAUCGUUUUGACUAAAUACUGACUGUAAGGCUAAGCCGACCUCUAAUGUGAAAACAGUUGAGGAGAUUGAAUAGUUGCUCCUCUAACUUAGAUUAUGGAGAACCCCGAGUGUCUUGUGAUAUCAUAAUUUAUCUGCACAAGUUGAUAAAAGUAUGAAAUUCGAGGCUUGCCAAGGAUUUUUAUACUUUUAUCAAC